AAUAGCCUCCAGAGGAAGUGAGCGCAGUGUAGUGGAAUGUAGUUGCCAUUAGUGGGAGUUGAGCUGAGGCUGGCUAACAAGCUAGCCUGCUAUGCUGAGUUGUCUGAGCUGAAGUCGCAGAGGACGGGGGAUGAAAACAUGCCUCACUUCACGGUGGUGCCGGUGAAGGAUGACGCUCAGUCCAACUACGACAGUCUAGAGGGGAUUAACUGGGUGGAUUACAGGGACACUGGACAGGACGUCCCUGAUCAUCAAGACACUGUCAGCUCUGAUGGCCAUGGCAAUCAUAAAGAAGACAGCCCAUUUCUCAACAGUGCCAGUGCUGCUUCCAAGAAGAAUGACUUCUACGACAGAAACUUGGCUUUGUUUGAGGAAGAGCUGGACAUCCGACCGAAGGUUUCCUCUCUGCUCAGCCGCUUGGUCAGCUACACUAACAUUACCCAGGGAGCCAAGGAGCAUGAGGAGGAGGAGAGCGCCGCGGCCUCGCGUAGAAAGACCCCCAAGUCUCCGAACAUGGGCACUCUGAUGGGGGUCUACUUGCCGUGUCUGCAGAACAUCUUCGGUGUCAUUCUUUUCCUCCGACUGACGUGGAUUGUUGGCAUGGCUGGCAUUAUGCAGUCUCUGCUGAUUGUCCUCAUGUGCUGCUCGUGUACAAUGCUCACAGCCAUAUCAAUGAGUGCCAUUGCAACCAAUGGUGUUGUUCCAGCUGGAGGGGCAUACUUCAUGAUCUCCCGCUCCCUCGGCCCAGAGUUUGGAGGAGCCGUGGGCCUGUGCUUCUACCUGGGCACUACCUUUGCUUCUGCCAUGUACAUACUGGGGGCCAUUGAAAUCUUCUUGAAAUAUCUGGUCCCCCAGGCUGCUAUAUUUCAUGCCACGGACGCCCUUGGGAGUGACAGCGCCAUGCUGAACAACAUGCGGGUCUACGGCUCUAUCUGCCUCAGCCUGAUGGCAGUGGUGGUUUUUGUUGGAGUCAAAUAUGUCAACAAGCUGGCCAGUCUUUUCCUGGCCUGCGUUAUUAUCUCCAUUGUCUCCAUCUACGCUGGGGCUUUCAAAUCCAUGACUCACCCCCCGGAAUUCACGAUCUGCAUGCUGGGGAACAGGACGUUGGUGAGAGACCGCUUCGACGUUUGUGCUAAGACUGUGACGAAGGGCAACGUCACUGUCCCCAGUCAGCUGGGGGAAAUGUUCUGUCUGCCGGGCAACACGAGCAGUCCUCAGUGUGACGACUACUUCAUUCAGAACAAUGUGACAGAGAUACAGGGCAUCCCUGGACUGGGCAGUGGGAUAAUUAGAGAGAACAUGUGGAGCGACUACCAACAAAAGGGGGAGAUCUCAGAGAAAGCGAGGCUGCAGUCAGUCGAUGCCCACGGUGCCGCGGAGAACUUUGGCAUGUACGUGUCGGCCGACAUCGCUACUUCAUUCACACUUCUCGUGGGAAUCUUCUUCCCAUCUGCAACAGGUAUCAUGGCUGGCUCCAACAGAUCUGGUGAUCUCCGUGAUGCUCAAAAGUCCAUCCCAGUGGGAACUAUCUUAGCCAUUACUACCACUUCACUUGUGUAUUUCAGUUCUGUGAUCCUUUUUGGGUCCUGCAUUGAAGGAGUAGUCCUCAGGGACAAGUUUGGAGACGCCGUUCGAAAGAACCUGGUGGUGGGUACGCUCUCCUGGCCGUCUCCGUGGGUCAUCGUCAUUGGGUCGUUCUUCUCUACCGUUGGGGCAGGCCUUCAGUCCCUCACUGGGGCUCCCCGACUUCUACAGGCUAUUGCCAAAGACAACAUCAUUCCGUUCCUUAGGGUGUUUGGUCAUGGAAAGACCAACGGAGAGCCUACAUGGGCCCUCCUACUGACUGGUCUCAUAGCUGAGCUGGGCAUCCUUAUUGCCUCACUGGAUAUGGUCGCUCCCAUCCUUUCCAUGUUCUUCUUGAUGUGCUAUCUGUUUGUGAACCUAGCCUGUGCCGUUCAGACUCUUUUACGCACACCAAGUUGGAGGCCAAGGUUUAAAUAUUACCACUGGGCGCUGUCCUUCCUAGGCAUGAGUAUGUGUCUGGCUCUGAUGUUCAUCUCCUCCUGGUACUACGCUAUUGUGGCCAUGGUAAUUGCUGGGAUGAUCUACAAAUACAUUGAGUACCAAGGAGCAGAGAAGGAGUGGGGAGACGGAAUAAGAGGACUGUCCCUUAGCGCUGCACGUUACGCCCUGCUGAGACUGGAGGUUGGACCCCCGCACACCAAGAACUGGAGACCUCAGCUGCUUGUGCUGUUGAAGCUCGAUGAGGACCUCCAUGUGAAAUAUCCCCGUCUGCUCACCUUCGCCUCGCAGCUGAAGGCGGGAAAGGGUCUGACCAUCGUGGGCUCUGUUGUCCAAGGCAACUUCCUGGACAGCUACGGGGAAAUGCAAGCAGCUGAGCAGGCCAUUAAGAAUAUGAUGGAGAUUGAACGAGUCAAAGGUUUCUGCCAGAUUGUGGUGGCUUCCAAGGUGCGUGAGGGUAUUGUCCACCUGAUCCAGUCCUGUGGUCUGGGGGGCAUGAAGCACAACACCGUGAUGAUGGGCUGGCCCUAUGGAUGGAGACAGAGCGAAGACCCUCGUGCCUGGAAGACUUUUAUAAACACAGUCCGCUGCACCACAGCUGCCCACCUGGCCCUGAUGGUACCCAAAAAUGUGUCCUUCUACCCGAGCAACCACGAACGCUUCGCCGAUGGCAACAUCGACGUUUGGUGGAUUGUCCAUGAUGGGGGGAUGCUAAUGCUGCUGCCUUUCCUUCUCAAGCUCCAUAAAGUUUGGAAGAAAUGCAAGAUGCGCAUUUUCACUGUAGCUCAGAUGGACGACAACAGCAUCCAGAUGAAGAAAGAUCUGGCCAUGUUCCUGUACCAGCUGAGAAUAGAGGCUGAGGUGGAGGUGGUGGAGAUGCAUGACAGUGACAUCUCAGCAUACACCUACGAGAGAACAUUAAUGAUGGAGCAGAGGUCCCAGAUGUUGAGGCAAAUGAGGCUGUCCAGUGCCGAAAGAGAAAGAGAGGCCCAGCUGGUUAAGGACAGACACUCCCUGGUGCGCAUGGGAAGUCUAUAUUCCGACGAGGAGGAGGAAGUGGUGGAGGCUCCCCCGGAGAAGGUUCACAUGACUUGGACCAGAGAGAAGUGCGAGGCUGAGAAGAGGAACAGAAGCCAUGCGCCCGAGAAUUUCAGAGAACUCAUGAGCCUCAAACCGGAUCAAUCCAACGUGCGGCGAAUGCACACGGCGGUAAAGCUGAACGAGGUGAUAGUCAACCGGUCACAUGACGCUCGACUGGUGCUGCUCAACAUGCCGGGGCCGCCUCGAGACACCGACGGAGACGAGAACUACAUGGAGUUUCUGGAGGUACUGACUGAGGGUCUGGAAAGAGUGCUGCUGGUCCGAGGCGGAGGUCGGGAGGUCAUCACCAUCUACUCAUGAUCAGUUAUAAGCUACAAUAAGUAUCGGCCUUUUUUAAAGAACGCAUUGCACCUCUAGAAAGGAUGCAGCACCUACUGGUUAUACGCGUUGAUUUGUCACUUUAGCCGUGGAGUAUGUAUUUUUCAGUACAAAAUGUUUAGUCUAUUCUUGUAUCGAGUCGGCACACAACCGAGUGCACGUAACCACCUACAGUAUAUGUUUGCAGCUCUGCCAUUCUUUACAAAGGAAAUCUGUCAUUUUUUUCUCCUUCAGAAAAGAAUACUUUUUUUUUUUUUCUAGAAGCGCAACUCUAUUUAUUUAUUUAUUUUUUUCAACAUUUCCCAGUGAGGUAAAGAAAAUGUUACUGUGGAUAAUGAACACAGUGCUUGAUGUUGGUUGUGCUCUAAAUGUGGCCUGGCAGAAAUCAAUGAAGAAAGUUUUCAAAAGAAAGUAUAAUUUAUGGGUUUUUUGACAGAUGUUUUGUUGUG